CUUAAUCGAAGUAAUUAUAGAGCAACCAUCAUGAAAUCUUUCAUCUUUCUUGCAGUGUUUGUGACUCUUGCCAUGGCUGACCAGUUCUUGUUGGACAUCAAUCAGAGCACAGUAGUCAUGAAACAAGGAAGUACGUGUUAUUUCUGGCGGUUAAACAGCCAUGAGGCCGAGGCUGUCCAAAGUCCCACUGGAAUUUACGAAUUAGAGACAAAGUUCCACCAUUUACUCAGUGUGCAUUCCAAAUUUGGGGACGUAACCGACAUCAGUAUUUACUCACAAGAUAUCCAAAAUCUGUGUAGUGGUGCCACUUUGAAGUCAUACAGUCAUCAUCAUUAA